UGUGUGCUUUGUGUCCUGCCCGCCCCCCAGGCUGCGGCUGGCCGCGCGCCCCUGCUCGCCUCCCGGGUGAGCGUGGCGCUGGCGGCCGUGGCGGGCUGCUGCGCGCUGCUGCUGCUGGUGUCGGCCGCGCGCCGGAGCCUGUUCCUGCUGCGGCUGCGCGCCGUGCCCGGGCCGCGCGCGCUGCCCGUCCUCGGCAACGCCCUGCAGCUCACCGGCACGCAGGAGGACUUCUUCCUGCUCAUGAGGCGCUGCGCCGAGCGCUACGGACCCAUGUUCCGCCUGUGGGUCGGCACGCGCCCCUUCAUCUUCCUGCAGUCCGCCGAGGCCGUGCAGCCCAUCCUCAACUCCAGCGUGCACAUCGACAAGAGCCCGGACUACCGUUUUGUGGAGGCGUGGAUCGGGAAGGGGCUCGUCACCAGCACAGGCGACAAGUGGCGCGCGCGGCGGAAGCUCUUGACGCCGUCCUUCCACUCCCGCGUCUUGGAGGAGUUCCUGCAGCCGCUGUACCGCGAGGCCCGCGUCCUGGCGGACAAGCUGGCGGCGCACUGCGGCGGGACGGCGUUUGACAUUGUCCCCUACGCCAAGCUCGCUGCUCUCGACGUGAUCUGCGACACUGCGCUUGGCAAGCACGUCGCCGCUCAACGCAACUCCAACAACGCUUACGUGGUGGCUAUCGACAGGAUCACGUCCAUCGUGCAGCGCCGGUUCAUCACUCCCUGGCUCAAGCCCGACGCCCUCUUCAACCUCAGCGAGCUCGGUCGCACCCAGAAGAAGCACGUGAACGUCAUUCACGGCUUCACUGGCAGGGUUUUCGAGGCUCGCAAGCAGGAGAAGCAGCGCGAGUGGGAGAGAGAGCAGCUCGAAGCGCGGCAGGGACAGCAAGUGCAGUUCCAGGAGGACCAGCCGCAUGCAGUGCCUGAUGCCCGGUUCACAAUUAAGCCACGGAGGCGGCUCGCCCUUCUGGACCUCCUGCUGGACUUGGCACACCAGGGCGCCAACCUUACCGACGAGGACAUCCGGGAGGAAGUCGACACCUUUACGUUUGCUGGACAUGACACUACCGCUGCUGGGUUCAGUUGGUGCCUCUACGUCCUGGGCAAACAUCCAGAAGUGCAGGAGCGCAUCCUCGAAGAGUGGCGUGACGCUCGGCUGGAGGCCGGUGACGGCGAGAUGACCGUCGGUGACCUGUCCCGGCUGGACUACCUGGAGCGCUGCAUCAAGGAGGUGCUCCGCCUGUACCCCGUGGUGCCGAUCAUCGCGCGAGACAUCCGCUCUCCCGUCACGGUGCUGGGCGAGCACCUCCCCGCCGGCUGCACGGUCCUGGUCAAUGCCUACCUCCUGCACCGAGACGCUCGCUUCUUCCCGGAGCCCGAGCGCUUUGACCCGGACCGUUUCCUACCCGACAGCGACACACGCCGACAUCCCUUCGCCUACGUCCCCUUCAGCGCCGGCUCCAGGAACUGCAUUGGUCAAAGGUUUGCAAUGCUCGAACUGAAGGUUCUUCUGUUAACGGUUCUGGAACGGUUUCAAGUUUGCACUGCUGAGCCACAGAGACCUUUACGUUUAGUGGCUGAACUUGUUUUAAGUAAUGUAGAAGGUAUUAAAAUUUCUUUAUCUCAUCGCUCUUAAAAUAUUUUAAAUAUGAGUGAGCGCUCAUACAAUGCAAAGUUGAUUGAUUACAUUGGCCGCAAAUCAGUAUUGCUAGGUAGUAAAAUGUUCUUUAAACACACAUUUUUCAAUUUACUUUCUUUUUAUUAGAAUUCUAAUUACAUGCUGAAGUAGAGGAAAGUCAUAGCUUAGCUUGUGAUCUGUAGUACGAGUAAAUGUUGAGAGACUUCUUGUAAACC